CCUGCGCCUCUGGGACAAAGGUUCAGUGGAAACAAUGGAGAUGGAAUGAAAGGAAAGGGUGUAGUGGAGAGAGGAAAUGUCUCAUUGUGCUGCUCUGCUAUGUGCAGUAAGAAUACCAAAAUCAGUCUUUGGUCCUGUAGCUAUACGGAAACACACACACAGCUUACUUCACAGCAAGAGGGCCGGGGCAGGAAGGAAAUGGGGAGAGACAGACACAGAGAAAGAGACGUAGAGAGAGAGAGACAUGGAGGGGAAAACAGCAGAUUAGGGUCACUGGGGUUUUCCACUGUGUAGGAUUAGAAAAGACAUGAGAAGUAGGUAAGGCAGACUGAGAAGGGGAAACACAUCUGUAGUCACAGACAGUUCAGACUGCAGAAAGAGAGCAGAGAUAGUCAGAAAAAGAGAAAGAGUAAAGAGAUUACACCUUGAGUGACACUCCUUGAGCUAAUAAUUAAAUAGCUGUAAUUUCAAGGGUUAUGAGCAGGUUUCAAGGAGGAGUAUAGAGGAAGAUUGUCAUUGUAGUCUUCAACUUAGAUAUUUUACACACAGGUGGAGGACUGUAAUCGAAUGGGCAACAAUUGGCUAAUAUGAAUUGCACAAGUGAGGAUAAGUACACCCGAGAGGAUGGGAGAUGCUGUGAUCGCUGUGCUGCAGGACAGUACAUUAUAUCUGAGUGUGAUCAAACGAAGAUCACCAAAUGUGCCGGAUGCAAACAUGGCACUUACACAGCCACAAAAAACCACAUCAAGAAAUGUCUUGUCUGCAAGGACUGCAGUUCCAUUAACAAUCAGAGGAAAGUAAAGAACUGUACAGCUCGAGAGGAUACGGUGUGUGAGUGUGUGAAGGGUUUGUACUGUGAUGAUGAUCGGUGUGACCACUGCAAGCAACUGACCCACUGCCCUCUGGGUGAAGGGGUCAAGGUUCAAGCCACUCGCACUAAUGACACGAUCUGUGCUCCGUGUCAAGACAGGACCUACAGCAACGUAUCUGAUUUCCACUCGGCCUGUAAAACACAUACAAGAUGUGAGGACAUUGGAAGAGAGGUGAAAACUCCCGGAACCCCAAGAACUGAUGCCAUCUGUGGCAACUUCAAAUCUAAUUGUCCCUGGAUGUUACCCACAGGCCUGUGGUCAGGACUCUUGUUGACCGCACUCAUCCUGUUUGGCGUAAUCUGCUGGAGGUCAAAACGCAAGUCAUACAAAGCAGCAGACCCCAGUGUGGCUGUCUCUCUGGUUGAAAUGGUACCAGCAGCACCAGUGACUCAGCUGGAUCUGUCUCUACCGAUCAAAGAGCUGGACGGUCACUGCCAAGAGACCUGCGUCAUGGAGGGCUGCAAAAUACCACUUUUUAACCCAGAUGAUAGCGUGGUCAUUUGCGACACACAAGAGCACUUGGACAACAGCGCUCCUAUAAUUCCACUGAAGGUCUCGGUUUCGUUCAUUGAAUCCAACCACAUCAAUGGAAGUGCUGCAUAUCGCACUGGAAGCUUUCAAAGGACCUACUCAGAGCCACAGGAGGACGAGUGGUGUGGGACAUAAUCAAGUAAAUAUUGUUGCAACAGUAUGAUGAUGGAGCUCACAGUCCCUCUGCAGCUUGGAGAGGCUGCAAUUAGUUUUCAAACCUUAAACUGGAACUAUUUAAACCAAAAAAAAACAGUAGGUUUUCUCUCUUUCUGAAGAGUUUAAGGUGGCUGACGGUUUGCUGCCCCCUGCAGGACUUUAACGAGAAGUUCAGCUCAAGUGAUGUGAUAUUUCUGUGAUGCAUUUACAAUGAACAAAAACAUGUUCUUUUUAAAUCCCUGUGCAGCUCUUUACUUGAGUCAGUCCCUUUGAUGAGAACUAGUGUUAGAUAGGAGCUAUAUGUUUAUUACUUUAGUCAUAUCCGAUGAAAAAGCCCAAACCCCAAUGAAUGCAUCCUUCUAACAAGUAUGUCUGUGGUUUUAUACACCUUCUUACGAACAAAUGGGAUUGUGCCACAGGGAGUUGAGAGACUGAUCUACCUAAAAUUGGUCUUUUCAUGGGAUUAGUUUAAUUAUUUCCUGGCUUUACCUUUAUUGUGAAUGGUGUGUUUUGUAAUUAUAAUUUAAAGGAUAUCGAAUUCAACAUAUUGUUCAAACCUCAGCGUCUAAUUCAGGUCCAGAAUUGUAAACUUUUAAAGUAUACUGUAAUGCAGAUUUUGACUAUUGAAUUUCAGUAUUUAUAUAAAUAUAAACAUUUUUUUAAAAAGUGCAG